AUGACAGGUUAUAGCCUCGAGAGACCUCCUUGUGUCAUUAAAAACAAAAAAAAAUUAGAUGAAGUCGCUUCAUUUCCUUCCGUUCUUCCUUUCAUCCCCACCCGUGUGUCUGAUGAGGGCGAAGAGGGAGAGGAGGGGAGAAAGUCCGUUACAAAUUGCUUCGCAUCCAGGGGAUUAACCGUCUUACCAUGUGGAAAUGGCGUCGGAUUGGCGGAAAAACUAGAAGAAGAAGCAGAAGAAAAUUUUUCCUCAUCGAGUGAUGAAGAUGUCUUUUCAUUAAGGGUCAAAGAGAAAAAUUUAAAUUCGAUACUAGAAAAUCAAAGUACGGAGGAAAACGAUCCCGAACGUUUAAAAAAAGAAGAAGAGAUAAUGAUAACAGGUUCCACGAAUUAA